AUGACGUCCCGUCCUCCACAGACUCAGGACGCUGCCAAAGACUCGCCUCCCAUGGAGACAGAUGCCCUCACGCGCCUGCUGAGCGGGACCAGUGUCCUGGCGCCCAGGCUUUGCCGGGCCGGCCUGUCCGUCCUCACGGCGGUCCGGCUGGGAUCCCUGGCGUUGGGGGCCAAGACCCUCUGGAAGGAUGAAGUGGCCGAUUUGCGGUGUGAACCCCCCACCCAGGGCUGCCUCCUCGCCUGCUUCGACCGCACCUUCCCGCUCUCGCCCUUCAACCUCUUCCUGCUGCAGAUGGCAAGUGUUGGCACGCAUGCCGUGGCCUGUGCUCUCCUCUUCCGCCCGCCUGACUGCCAGGGGAAGGACCGCUCAGGCUGGGGGCUCUUCCGGAGUAAGAGCCACCAACUCUCCUUGCACUGGCUCAGCCUCCUGGCCAAGAUCCUGCUGGAAGGUGUCUUCCUAGCAACGUUUCACAGCCUUUAUGGCCGAUACCCGGCCAGCCUGUCUUGUCCUCCGUCGUCGUCCUGUGCCGAAACGACGCUGUGUACCAUCCAGAAGGCCGACCGGAAAGACGCCUUCAAUCUUGUCCUGGCUGGGGCUUCGUGGCUCUCCGUGGCUCUCUGCUUUGUGGCACUGUACCCAGCGUCUACCGACGUCUUGUGCCGCGCCUCGAAUCCCACCAAAAGACGAUUGGAACAGCCCCUCGUGGUCCAUAGGGCUUAA